AUGGACGUUCAAAAGUUGUUCGACGUCAAGGGCAAAGUCGUGCUGGUCACUGGUGGCGCCAAAGGAAUCGGUCGGAUGAUCUCUGAAGGCUUCGUAAAGAAUGGCGCCACUGUCUAUAUCUCGUCGCGCGACGCCAAGUCUUGCGAUAUAGCUGUAAACGAGCUCAAUGCACUUGGCACGGGCAAGGCCUAUGCUAUCCCCGCCGAUUUCUAUAAAGAAGAGGAAGUCAAGAGAUUGGCUGAAGAGAUUGCUAAGCGUGAGAGUAAGCUGCAUGUUCUUGUCAACAACUCGGGUUCCAACUGGGGCGCCCCGUACGACGAAUACCCUUCGUCUGCCUGGACACGAGUUCUCACCCUCAAUCUUCAUCGUGUGUUCGACCUUACCAAGCUUCUCACCCCUCUACUGGAAAAAGCCGGCUCAUCUGGCGACCCGGCUCGCAUUAUCAACAUCGGUAGCGUUGAUGGCAUAAGGGUUCCGGCUCUGGAAACCUUUGCCUACAGUGCCAGUAAAGCUGGAUUGCACCAUUUGAGUCGUGUUUUGGCACACCACCUUGGAAGACGGAACAUCACAUCAAACUCCUUGGCCUGUGGCCCAUUCGAGAGCAAGAUGAUGGCUGCCACCUUGGAAGCGCAUCGGGAGACAAUCGAGGCAAGCAUUCCACUGGGUCGUAUUGGUACCCCGGAGGAUGUUGCAGGUGCAUGCUUGUUCUUGAGCAGCCGCGCCGGCUCGUAUGUGAAUGGAGCGACUAUCACUCUGGACGGCGGUAGCGUAAUCGCAGCGAAGCUCUGA